AUGGGCAAGGUGUGUGCUGUGUUCGGAGGAUCCCGUGGCAUAGGCAAAGCUGUGGCAGAGCUGCUGGCACAGAGGGGCUGCCGCCUGGCCAUCAUUGCUAGGAACCUGGACGUGGCCCAGAGCACUGCCCGUGGCCUUGGUGCAGGACAUCUGGCACUUAGCUGUGAUGUAUCCAGUGAAAAAGAAGUCCAAAAGGCUUUUGAGGAGAUGCAGAGGAAUUUGGGUCCUAUUAAUUACUUGGUGAAUGCAGCUGGGAUCAACAGGGAUGGUUUGCUACUGAGAACCAAGACUGAAGAUAUGAUAGCCCAGAUUCACACUAACCUUUUGGGAACAAUGUUGACAUGCAAGGCUGCUCUAAAGGUCAUGAUUCAGCAGCAGGGAGGUGCUAUUGUCAAUAUAGGGAGUAUUGUAGGACUUAAAGGCAACUCUGGUCAAAGUGUGUAUAGUGCUACCAAAGCAGGAUUAGUUGGAUUUUCACGGUCUCUUGCUAAAGAAGUAGCAAAAAAGCAAAUUCGGGUCAACGUUGUUGCUCCAGGCUUCAUUCACACAGAGAUGACAGCUCAUUUGGAAGAAGAUCAGUUAAAGAAAGCAAUUCUCCUUGGAAGAUUUGGAGAGCCUCAUGAAGUGGCACAAGCUGUUGUCUUCCUUCUAGAAUGCCCAUAUGUUACAGGGAGUGUUCUGGUUGUAGAUGGAGGCUUGCAGCUUAUGACCUAAGUACUGCCUUGAAAAAAUGACUGCUUUAAUGUCAUGAUGGUAAUAUAUAAAUAUGUACUAAAUAAAGGGAGAGGGCUGGAAAUUGUUUGAAGAUUGAUGUACAUAAUUGACUUGGUCUUGUUCAGUCCGAGGAGAAAUUCAGCAGCAGUGAAGUGCAACGUGUGUGAUUAGCUGCCUGAAAGAGUCUGUUUGGUAUGAUAAAGUCUGUGUAUGAAACAACCAGAAAAAGAUCUGGUUUUGAUACAGUGAUAACUUUAAUAAUGUACUGAUACGUUUUUAAACCGCUGGUUUUUUAUAAAGUCCUGCUUGCUAAUUUGGGAGAGAAUGAGAUUGUAUUUGAAUUAUCAUGUUACACAAAGGUUAAUAAAGUGCAGAGAUGUGUUUAUUGGGUAGCAGGUAUGAUUGCAUCAAGUUUUUCAAGUAGGGCAAAGAUUGUGAAUGCAUAGUUUUGCAUUCUUAUCAGUUAGUCCCUACAAAGUAGCAAGGAGUUUCCUUUGAGCUUUGUUUGUUUGUACCUAACACUACAAAGCUAGGAACUUCUAGAUCUUCAGCAUACCUGAAUUGCCUUUAGACGCUUUAAUUAUAUGCAAUGUGUUUUUUAUAAAGUCAAAGCCUACUCGGUUCCAUUCCUGAAUGUGUGUACAGCACUCACUCAAUCCAGUGGCUCUUCUGUGCCCAUUGAAGGAUUGCUACAGCACUGGAGCUGCUAAUCCUGUCAUAGCCUGGAGAAGAGGAGGCUUAGAGGUGACCUUAUUGCUCUCUACAACUUCCUGAAGGGAGGUUGUAGACAGGUGGGGGUCGGUCUCUUCCACCGGGCAGCAACUGGGCGAACAAGGGGACACAAUCUCAAGUUACGUCAGGGAAGGUAUAGGUUAGAUAUUAGGAAAAAAUUUUUCACUGAAAGAAUAAUAAAGCACUGGAAUUGUCUUCCCAGGGAGGUGAUAGAAUCACCAUCUCUGGAUGUGUUUAAAAAAAGACUGGACAUGGCACUUGGUGCUAUAGUCUAGUUGAGAUGUUAGGGCAUAGGUUGGACUUGAUGAUCUUAGAGGUCUCUUCCAACCUUAUUAUUCUGUGAUUCUGUGAUAUUCUCAGCUUGAGCUGCACAUGCACUGCUGAACACUGCAGCUGCAGACCUUGCUCUGUAAGACGCCUUACAAGGACUCAGUAGAUGUCUGGAACAUGUAUCACUUCCAGAGGACAAAGUCAAGGUGUUUUGUGUUUUGCUCUGUAUCUUCACAUACACGAAGUUCAGCUGUUAAGUUGAUGCUCCCUCAUAUGUAUGUAUAGUCAAUAAAAUGGCCAUUUAUUUUAUUCAAAGCAA